ACUUUCCAAUCACACAGAAAAUUAAUUCUCAACAAAAUGGCAUCGAAUCUCUCUCACAUUUUUUUCUCUGUUUUCCUUUUUGGUAUGUUUUUUUUGAAUUCAUCCUCCACACAUGCCCGAUACGCCAACCACCAGGAAACUGCCUUCUCUACGAAACAACAAGCGGAGAGACUCAUAAGAUCGUUCAAUUUGUUCCCCAAGACUGAUAUUAACGUCGUUGAAGAUGAGUCGUCGGUCGUGGAUGCUCCUGGAGUACUUGUUGAGAAGCAAUUUCAAUUCCCUUCUCUUGCUGGUUCUGGCCCUUCCAUUCAAGACCUCGGUCACUAUGCUGGUUACUACAGGCUUCCGCAGACUAAAGGGGCAAGGAUGUUUUACUUUUUCUUUGAAUCACGAAAUAAAAAUACCGACCCAAUUGUGAUAUGGUUGACCGGAGGACCCGGAUGUGGUAGCGAAAUAACAUUGUUUUAUGAGAACGGACCUUUCCAUAUUGCAAAAAACAUGUCUCUUGUAUGGAAUGACUAUGGUUGGGAUAAGGUAUCAAAUAUCCUUUUUGUUGACCAACCCACGGGCACCGGUUUCAGUUACACUACUUCUGAAAGUGAUAUUCGACAUGAUGAAACCGGUGUUAGCAAUGACUUGUACAACUUUUUACAGGAGUUCUUCAAAGCACAUCCUCAAUUUACU